UAUCAGUAUCAACUCACUUAGCGAACAUUCUCUCUAUGUGCUUGUUUGGGAAACAACACACUCUGAUAAAGUUGGCUCGUAAAUAAGAGUGCAUCUGGUAGGAUCAUCGGUUACAUCGCACCUGGGAAACGAGGCCCAUCCCCGUACAUCUCAAUGUGUAUGUGUAUUGAACAUGUUAAACCUUACGUUUAAAAACGAGUCAUUUGUGUUUCAACUUCUCAUCUAGGAAAAUUGGCAGUACUCCAGUACCCCCAGACCAAGACAUACUUCUCCCACUGGCCGGACCUGAGCCCCGGUUCUGCCCCGGUCAGGAAGCAUGGUAAGACCAUCAUGGGAGGCGUCCGUGAAGCCGUGGCCAAGAUCUACGACCUCACCCUCAGCGAGCUGCACGCCUUCCAGCUGCGUAUAGAUCCAGCCAACUUCAAGAUCCUGUCCCACAACAUAUUGGUGGUGCUGGCCACUUUGUUCCCCGCUGACUUCACUCCAGAGGUUGAUGUGUCCGUGGACAAGUUCCUGGCCGAACUGGCCCUGGCUCUGGCCGAAAAGUACAGAUAAAAUAUGGGGCAUCAUCAGAC